AUGUGGCAUAUUAAUUCGUCGGCUUCUACGAAUGGGCAUCAUCUUCUUCUCGAAGCCGAGCUUGCCUCGGAGGAGAUAAUCUCGGCAUCAAUUGCAUUGACCACAGACCUUGAGGACUUAUCUCGAUCUGAAAAACGUGAUUCUGGAAUAUCUUGUACUACAAACAGUGGCCAUUCAUCCAGUGGUUUCUGUAGCAAAGCCGAGACCCCUUGUCCAAUUUCCGGGUGA